UGACGCUCAUGUGAACGCUGGACUCUGCGGACAUUUGAAAGCAGAUUGAACUUCAACAAGCUCCCACUCGCGAGUCUGUCGUCAGCUGAAGUUCACCGGGAUGUUCGUGUUGCGUCGUGUUUUCACUUAGCUCCACUUUUCUCCCGCAACGUGAAGCGGUGGCCCCACCAGCGGGUGGGCUGUGCUGGGUGACCGGGGUCUGCUGCUGUCAAACCCGCGCUGACAUGGAGCAGUCGCACCGGGGACGGACGGACUGAAAACAAGUUUAAAAGUCAUCCCCGACAGAGAGACGAACAACAACGGACUAACUUUCCCGAUAAAACGAGUUGUCAGCUACUCAUUCGACAUGCAGAAGUUCAACUCCAGCGGCACCCACGGCAGCACGCUGCCCCGGGACGGGGAGCUGCAGCUGCCGCUGGCGGACAGCGGAGUUCCCGGGGAGGGGAUGGAGAACGGAGCCGGCAAACAUUUCCUCGAUCAAAGGGAAGAGGAGAGCUCGUUUUGCACCAAGAGCAAGAUGCUGGUCGGGCUGGAUUUAAUAUGUCUCUUUGUCGCCUCCAUUCCAUUCUUUGCAUGCGAGUUGAAGGCCGUGACUCCUUACAGACGUGGCUUCUUCUGCGGAGACGCCAGCAUCACCUAUCCCUACGUGGAGAGAGAGGCCAUCCCUGACAGCCUGCUGAUCGCUGGUGGUAUAAUCAUCACUGGCUUAACAAUUGCACUGGGUGAAUGCUACCGGGUACGUUUCCGAGGUGUGCACUCGCGGGCGUUUGUCCGGAACCGCUAUGUGUCGUGCUUGUACAAGGAGCUGGGGAGCUUCCUAUUUGGUUGCUGUGUGGGUCAGUCUCUCACCAACAUGGCCAAACUGAGCGUGGGACGCCUGCGGCCCAACUUCCUGUCGGUGUGCAACAUCACCUAUGAGUCCAUCAACUGCACUCCGGGCACCUAUGUGCCCCAGGUCACCUGCAAGCAACCUAAUCAGAAGAUGGUGGAGGAGGCGAGGAAGUCUUUUUUCUCUGGCCAUGCUUCAUUUGCAAUGUACACCAUGCUCUAUUUGGCAUUCUACCUACAGGCACGGUUGUCAUGGCGAGGAGCCCGGCUGUUGCGCCCGCUAAUACAGUUCCUCUUAGUGAUGAUCGCUAUCUACACCGGCCUGAGCCGCAUCUCCGACUACCGUCACCACCCCACUGACGUCCUCACAGGCUUCAUCCAGGGAGGCCUCACUGCGUACUGGGUGGCCUUCCACAUCUCCUCCAUGUUUAAGCCCUGCGCCCGUCCAGACCUGUCUCCCACGAGCAUGUCCCUGGAGAGUCCACUGUCCAGCCAGCAAACUGUCUGUUAGCAGGCACACGCUGUCACUCCAGCAACCAGAUGAUGUCAGACAGCACGGGCGAGCAGCAGAGACGAGAGAGAGAAAUCUUUUAAGAAAGGGAAUUAUUAUCCUUAGAUAAAAGUGAUGGAGUACAAUCUACACAUGCAUGCUCUUAUGGGCAAACUGACACACAUGCAAACACACACUCACACAGUAAUCUAACAUGCUCACACACACACACACACACACACACACACACACACGAAAUUCAAGAAGCACAUACGACUGUGAGUCAAACCCGUCCAGUGAAAAGAACUGCAUAGUAAUAUUACAGAUAUUUUUUAUAUAUGAAAAACAAAAAAUAAUAAAAAAUGUCUAUUUUUCAACAGCUGCUAAUAAUAAUAAUAGUUCCUAGUUUGGACCUGUUUUCUUCUGUGAUGGAGGCAUCUUGUCAGUGCACACGGUUCAGCUUUCAAAGCAGAGCUGGUCACUCUUUUGUCACUGGGUGAGAGAAAGAGGAAAAAAGAAAACUCCUGCCUCCUCUUUUGUUUUUUCACCCUCUGCCUCCGCUCGUAAAAAAAACUUUACCCAGCAGCUGUGAACUGAGACCAUCACACCUCGGAUGUUAAGAAACACCACUGGCUUCAACUCGUAACCGUUUUUACCUUCAGUGGCCUGAUGUGCCACUGCUCUAAUCACACUGCCCUGCAUCACUAAACAAUAACCUGUAUGUAAGAAAACAGCAUUUGUGCUGUAUCGCAAUGUUAUCUGUCUUUUAGGGCAGUGUCAGGAGGAGGAAUCAGGUAACUCCGCCUCCCCUUUGCUGCCACUUUUCUCUACUAACCACUUUGACUGUGUCUCAGAGGUGGAGGCUCGACUGAAUUUUAACCUUUGACUUUUGCCCCUGGACUCCAGUCUCUGAGCUGCACCUUGAUUUAUGCCACUCUGACAGGAGAGCCGCCCCCACAGGCUCUCCUGUGCAUCUUUAUUAAUAGCACUUGAACGUACAUAAUGGAACCUUCUUAUUAUAAUCAAUAUUAUAUAUUUUAUCACAAGUUUGAAUAAUCAGUGUUUAUUUUUGUUAAUGUCAGACUCAUACACUAUAUUUGUUUUUUUUCCUCCUGAAAUUAUAAUUAUUCAAAUUGAAUGUAAAUAGGUAUGUCAUUUUAUAAACCACACAGAAUUUUAAAAGUAUUAGUUCCAAGUCUGGACAGUUUAUACCUGUUUUAUGUACGUGAUUGUAUUUACAUUUGUGUUGAUCAGGUACGGAGACUUACUAUUGUAUCUGUUGUAACUACUAGACUGAGCCACAGAUAUUAUCAGAAAGCUAUAUUUUUUGUGUUCCCAUUUAUUGUCAUGUGUCUGUUUUGUCUGUGAAUGCCUGAAAGGCAGAAAUAACCACUGUAAUCAAAAAAACCAAACCAAUAAAAUAAAAGUUGAAUGUAUUAA